GUUUUCCAAUGCAGUAUUUAAACUACUGUUAAUCCGUUAAUACGGAUAAUAAACCUAAACAAUGUUGAGCUUUUAUAUAAUUUGUUCAGUUUAUCUAGCAACAUACACGGUAAAUGCAGAUAAUAUUGUACUUGACAAUGACGGCAAUCCAAUCAUGCCGAGUGGGCUUCGAAAGACCCAAAAAACGGCUAAUGGAAGCGCCGUUACAAUCGCCGGAAAACUAAACACACCAGACAAUUUGAUAGCAAAUAAUAAAUGGAAGGGAAACACGGUUGGCAAGAACAAUGUAGUUGGUGAUUUAAAAAUUAAUGACAACCUUGGAAACAUUCCGACUAGAGGAAGAAGCUUAGAAACACUCUUGACCUGGGGUGACAAUUCGGCGGUAGAUCAAAAUGAUAAUGCAGACAACAGCUAUAACUGGCGAGAUUUCAUGUCAGAUAUGAUAUAUGGACGUAGAAACAACCGCUACAACAAUAGGAAGCUAUACGGGUCGCCAAUACCUCCAUCACCGCCACCUCCACCUCCACCUCCACCAACAUCUUUCAGCAGUGGACCGAAUAAUUAUUGGGACAACUUUCAACCGUUACCACCACCGUUAUAUCUACCACCUCCAUCACCACUACCAAUAUAUCAACCACCACCACUAUAUCUACCGUCUCCAACACCACCACCAUUAUAUCUACCACCUCCAUCAAUGUAUCAACCGCCUCCGCCUCCACCACCACCACUGCCUUACAACAAAGGAUCGAAUAACUUUUCAGGUAACUUUCAACCAUUUUGGACGCCACCAACACCCUAUCCACUACCACCACAAAAUAAUGAAUUCUAUUUUCACAACACUAAAAUUCCAAAGAAACGAUUCAACAACGUUAAUAAUGGACGCAAUGAUAAUGACAAUGAUAUGUUGAUGAGCCCAAAUAUAGUUAUUAAUGAUGACGGAGCCGUGAUAAACGGCAAAAGAAUUCCAAUGUAUUCAAUAAGCCAACCAGGAGUAUCUGUAAACUUUAAUGGUGCUGGUGAACUCAUGGUCAACGGCCAAAAAGUUACAGUAGAUAGAGCAGGAAAUCCAAUAAAUCCAGCUGAAGUUGGCAGUAGUGGGAAAACACAAGGUAGGUACGAUUCAAAAUGGUGCUGAGUAAGAAUAAGGCUGGAAAUGUCAAAAACGAUGAUUCUAACUUUACAAAUUCAAAUAAACAUACAGGAAGCAAUAAAUCGAAAAUUGGAGGUGAACUAAAACUUCAAUAACAAUGGAAUUAUGAAUAAUAGUAAACAAAAAACUAAAUCAAGAAAAGGCGGUAAACUAGAAAGUAAUAUACGAAAACAGCAGCAAAUCAAUAAUAUUGGCAAGUUUAAGUAUUGAAAAUAAUAUGACUUCAACUCUUAAGUUACAUAUAAAUAUCAACAACCAAUGUUAAACAA